AUGGAGGCUCUUUUUGCUGAAUUCGCCAUUCUUUCAGAGCAGGCACUCUGUAACAAGAACUUCGAUCCUUACACUAUAGAAGAUGAUCUGAUGAAGCUGUUUGAAGUGGAGGCUUACAAGGCAUGGGCAGCCAUGGAAUUGGAACAGGAAAAGGAAGUCGAAGAAGCUGAGAAUUACAUGAAAGAAGCUGAGGAACAUCUCAACACUGCUAUGGAAGAUGCCAUGGAAGAAUUCCGACGUUUCGAAGAGGAAAUGAAUGAGAUGGCUAAAUCUGAGUAUGAUAGUCUUGUUGGCGUUGCUGAAAGAGCUAGAAAUAUGGGAAAGACUAUGGAGAAAAUGGCUACUAUUGCUGCCAAAAAGUAUAUUGAAAGUGCUGUUAACUCUGCUGGUGCUUCUAUGAAAUCUGCUAUUAGAGCCAUUUCUUCUCAAUCUAAAAAGGUUCAUCCUUCUUAA